GUUUUUAAACUUUUUGACGGUAAAGUUUCUUUGGUUUUCGGGUGCAGUGACACAGCAAAGAACACAGCGGAUAUAACGAAACAAAACUAUUUCAGGCAGGUCAUCAGCCAGGCCAGGCGGCACGUGUCCAUCAAGGGACAUUCGACCACUGACCACCAUCAAUUGGACAUGGCAGCCAGUGCGGGAGCUGGCAGUUGGUCGGGCAGUAGUGGAGGAAGCACAUCCUCCCAAGGUCGAGCCAUUGCAACGGCACAAGCCGCGCAAGAUGAGCGUCUAGUGGUGGCAGUUCGAGUACGUCCCAGUUUGGAGGCCGCUGAGCGCUGUAUCGACGUGAUCUCCGGUGGAUCGCUGCUGUACGACGAUGGCAGCAAGAAUCGUCCGCGGCAAUACUCCUACGACCAUGUGUUCCGGGAGAACGAUACACAGGAGCAGGUGUACAAGACGACCACGGCGCCGCUGGUGCGAGAUGUGCUCAGCGGCUUCAAUGCGGCCGUGUUCGCCUACGGAGCCACCGGAUCCGGUAAGACGCACACCAUGCUCGGCCCUGUGCCGCGCAAGAAGCCGGCGACGAGUGACCGUGCCCCGCCCACUGCUGCCUCCGGGUGCGAGGCGGAUGUGAGCAGCCAGGACAUCGGGCUGAUGGUGCGCGCUAUCGAGGACAUCUUUGCGCACAUCGAGUCCGUGGAGGAGGAGGAGGCUUGCAAGGUCUCCAUCUCGUAUCUAGAGAUCUACAACGAGCUCAUCCGCGAUCUGCUCAAUCCGGGAGGACCGCUGGAGCUGCGCGAAGAUAAUCGCGGACAGCGGAUCACGGUGGCCGGUCUGUCGGAGAUCACCACGUCCAGCCGCAAGGAGGUGGUGGGCCUUCUGAUGAAAGGUAACAAGGCCCGGACCAUGGAGCCAACGGCCGCCAACCAGACCUCCUCCCGCAGCCACGCCCUGCUCAGUAUCACGGUUCAGACGCGCACUCCGCUGGGCACCAAGCAGGGGCGUCUCUUCCUCACCGAUCUGGCUGGCUCAGAGCGUGCCAAGAAGACCAAGAACCGUGGCAAGCGACUCCAGGAGGGGGCCCACAUCAACCGCAGCCUCCUGGCGCUGGGGAACUGCAUCAACGCCCUGUCCGGCGGCGCCCGCUACGUCAACUAUCGCGACUCCAAGCUGACACGCCUGCUCAAGGAGGCCCUGAGCGGUCGCUGCAAGACAGUCAUGAUUGCCCACGUGGCGCCCGAGAGCAAGCACCGCGACGAGACGAAGAACACCCUCGUGUAUGCGGAUCGCGCCAACAGCAUUACCACCAAGCUGCAGAACUCUGUGUACAUUGACGAGUUCAAGGACUUCCCCACCAAGCACUACCAGAGCCUGGUCUCAGAGCUCCGCGACGAAGUCUCCCGCCUGCGCACCAAAAUGCUCACCGAUAGGCCACGCAGCGGAAAAGCAGCGGCUGCAAUGGCAACAACAACGGCGACGGCGAUGGCGACGACAGCCAGCAUCCAGCAACCGCCAGUCGAGGUCGAGGAGCCGGACGAUCAAAGGAAGACGGAGCUGCGGUACUUGCGGGAGCAGAUUGUGCUUACCUUUAAGCAGCAAAUGAAGCUACGCCGCAAGCUUCUCGAGGCCGAGAGCCACCUCCUGGGCCUAGAGCUGGAUGCCGAGCGCCAGCACAUGAUCAUCUCCCACUGGCAGGGACGCAUUGGCAAGCUCUACGAUGCAAUGGGCGAGGAUGAUGUCGAAUCCGAGGGUUCGGUGGCCCUGAAGAAUGCCUGGGGCGAGCUGGCGGCCAUUGAGAAGGAGAACAGACGCUACAAGGAGAUACGCGAGCACACCGAGCAGGAACUGGAGAAGUGUCGCCAAAAGGGCGUCAAGCUGGAGGACGAGCUGCCGGAACGCAUCAGCAGCGACGAGGAGCGGGAACUGCUGGCCCUGCUCUGUCGCGUCCAUGAGCUGGAGGCGGACAAGGUGUCCCUGCAGGCGGAGAGACUUGCCCGCCAGGCGGAGCUGCGACGACGUGACCUUCAGCUGCUCCGGGCCGAGAGGCAGCGGCGCCUGUGCGAGGACAUCAUCAGUUCACAGAGGCGGCUCAUCGAGGAGGGAAACGUGGACCUCCCGGACGAGCUGCGAGAGCUCUACGGCCUCUAUCAGCAGGAAAUCCAUGCGGGCGUCGUAACGCCUAGCACCAGCAGCUACGAGAAGAAGCUGCCGCCCAUCUACACAGCGGGAUCCGAUUCUCCAGGCUCCAGCUCUAGCUCGGAGUGGUCUCCGGCCUCUCCUUUGCCGCCCAUUGAGAUUCAAGCGGAUCCUGUCGAUCGCGUGAUGGGCCCACCUGUAAAUCCACGUCUGCCCCGACUCGCCACUGGAACUGCAGGCGGCCCCCGACGUUCAUCUCUGCGUAUGGCCAGGAAUACACAUACGCGGCCGCAUCCGUAGGAAUGAUGCCAGCCACUGGAACUGGAGGUGCUCAGGAAUAGUUGUUAAUAAGGGUUAGGAUUACACGCGGGUCUCUUUGAAGACGAUUUGCUUAAAAGCUCUACCUACUUAUUGUAUUAUAUAUUACCAUCUUAUAAAAGUAUCUUUGAUUAUAUGA